UUGAUCUCAGGGUUGUGAGUUUACGCCCCAUCCAUGUUGGGUGUAGAGUUUACUUUUAAAAAAAAUCCCUUUGGCCAAAUAUCUUACAUUAUAUUAACUUAAAUAUUCCACUUUCACCGUUGAGUUUUGCUUCCUCCUGGAGGGCAAGAGUUUGUACAUUAUUAAGCUUAGAUAGUAAAUUAAAAUGAUUUUAAGUGGUUUGUUUUACUUUUCAGAUUGUUGAAUUAAUAUUAUCAAGUAUUGUACAAUGAAAUUAUUUCAAUUUUAAAAUGGAUUAAACUUUUUUAGAAAGUAAAAUAUUUUAAGUAAUAAGAUUUUGUGAUUUGUUGGUCUUUAAUGAAAUAUUAAAUUGAUCCUAAGUUAUUCACUUUAAAUUCUGUUAUUUAUAGUCAGUGUACUUCCAGUGAGUAAUUCAGUCUGUGUUCUUCAAAAGUUGCUUGAAUUUUUGUUCUAUUAAGAACAUCUGAAGUUAGAUCUUUGGAUGAACCUAAUGGAAUUAAGAAUGUUUUCUUAGAUCAUUGAAGAAGCUACUAGAUUUUAACUAAGACAUAUCAAAUCUCCUUUGAUUUGGAUGGUAAUAUUUGAAUGGAAUAUUCCAUAAUUCCAAAAUAAUACAAAACAUUUUUAAAAUCCUUCUAAUACAGAACAUGCCUAUUUUGGUCCCAGUCACUCCUGAAUUUACAAUGACUAUAUUCUUAAAUAUUCUAGAGAAAAACAUCUAUUUUCAUUUUGGAAAGUUAUCAAUAUUUCAAAAACAAAUACACAAAAAGAUUCUUAAGUACCACUGAGUGUCUCCUGUUGUAAUGACUAAAGCUCUCAGCUCUGCUAGCUAUUUUAAGCCACUAUGAUCUUACCUAGAGUUAACCAAUGCUCUUUCACCCUUGUGGUUAAUAAAAUUCAAAAAAAAAAAACAAAAAACUAGUUUGGAAUGAAAUUGUAUCACUUUUAACCAGGACUACUAAUAUAAAUACUUUUUUUUAAAAGGAUUUUAUUUAUUCAUGAGAGACACAGAGAGAAAGGCAGAGACACAGGCAGAGGGAGAAGCGGCCCCCUGUGGGGAACCCAGAGGACUUGACCCCAAGACCACAGGAUCACGCCCUGAGCCAAGGCAGACACAGCCACUGAGCCACCCAGGUGCCCCUAUAAAUACUAUCUAUCUGGCACUGAUCAAUAGUAUCCCAUUCCAACAUUACUACAAUGACUCAUGAUCAUAACUACUAAAAAUUUGCAGACUCCUGAAGUGAUGAUUGGUGUCUAAGCCACAAGCCCGGACCUUAUAUUUUUUUUAAAAAAAUAUUUUAUUUAUUUACUCAUGAGAUAUUACAGAGAGAAAGAGACACAGGCAGAGGGAGAGGCAGGCCCCCUGUGGGGAGCCGAUGUGGGACUCAAUCCCAGGACCCCAGGAUCACAGCCUGAGCCAAAGGCAGAUGCUCAACCACUGAGCCACCCAGGUACCCCUAGACCUUGGAUUAAUGAGAAGGAAAGGUUUGUUUUUUAUUGUUUUUCUGUUUUUUUUUUUCUUUUUUUAAGAAAAUGAUUUUUUUUUUUUUUUUUAAGAUUUUAUUUAUUCGUGAGAGACCCAGAGAGAGGCAGAGACACAGGCAGAGGGAGAAGCAGGCUCCAUGCCGGGAGCCCUAUGUGGGACUCGAUCCUGAGACUCCAAGAUCAUGCCCUGGACCUAAGGUUCGACACCACCACCUCUGUGCACCGGGAGAGAAAAGGAGAGAAAAGGAGAGAAAAGGAGAGAAAAGGAGAGAAAAGGAGCAGGCACAGCCAAAUGCUAACUACCUGACCUCGGAAUAGGCUAUGCGUGUAUUCGCUGCCCUGCUCCCUCACCUCUCUGCACACAAACGGUCAAAACAGAAUGCUGGGGCAGUUAGCGUGUGUAACCCGCCCCCCGCCCCCCGCCCCCCUGCGCGGUAGCCGGAGCGCCCGGGCGGCCGGCCCGGGCCCCGACCCCUGACCCCCGACCCCCGACCCCCGACCCCAGCCGCCGCCGGGCACCGCGCGCAGCUCCCACCCGCCUCCCCUCGGCCCCGUCUGGGCAUGCUCAGACGGCCCGCGCGCCUGCCCCGCCCCUCGGGCGUACGCGUGCGCACAAGGCGCGGGCGCGCGGCUCCGGGAGGCACGCGAGGCGCCCGCUGCGGGACGCGGCGGCCGGCUGAGGUGCGGACCUGAGGUGAUGGAGCCGCCGAAGGUGGAAAAGUUCAGCUCCGCCAGCAGGGGAAACGGGCUGCGCGCGUCGGCGCAGCUGCGCCCGGGAGAGCUGCUCUUCCGCUCGGAUCCCCUGGCGUACACGGUGUGCAAGGGGAGUCGUGGCGUCGUCUGCGACCGCUGCCUCCUCGGGAAGGAAAAACUGAUGCGAUGUUCUCAAUGCCGAGUUGCCAAAUACUGUAGUGCUAAGUGUCAGAAAAAAGCUUGGCCGGACCACAAGCGAGAAUGCAAAUGCCUUAAAAGCUGCAAACCCAGGUAUCCCCCGGAUUCCGUUCGACUGCUUGGCAGAGUUGUUUUCAAACUGAUGGAAGAAACACCCUCUGAAUCGGAGAAACUUUACUCAUUUUAUGAUCUGGAGUCAAAUAUUAACAAACUGACUGAAGAUAAGAAAGAUGGCCUCAGGCAACUUGUAAUGACAUUUCAACAUUUCAUGAGAGAAGAAAUCCAGGAUGCUUCUCAGCUGCCACCUUCCUUUGACAUCUUUGAAGCUUUUGCAAAAGUGAUCUGCAAUGCUUUCACCAUCUGUAAUGCGGAGAUGCAGGAAGUUGGUGUUGGCCUCUAUCCUAGUAUGUCUUUGCUCAAUCACAGCUGUGACCCCAAUUGCUCCAUUGUGUUCAACGGGCCCCACCUCUUACUGCGAGCAGUCCGAGACAUCGAGGCAGGAGAGGAGCUCACCAUCUGCUACCUGGACAUGCUGAUGACCAGCGAGGAGCGCCGGAAGCAGCUGAAGGAUCAGUACUGUUUUGAGUGUGACUGUGUCCGAUGUGAAACCCAAGACAAGGAUGCUGAUAUGCUCACUGGCGAUGAGCAAGUAUGGAGGGAAGUUCAAGAAUCCUUGAAAAAAAUUGAAGAACUGAAGGCACAUUGGAAGUGGGAACAGGUGCUGGCCAUGUGCCAGACGAUCAUCAGCAGCAAUGCCGAACGGCUUCCUGACAUCAACGUCUACCAGCUGAGGGUGCUUGACUGUGCCAUGGACGCCUGCAUCAACCUCGGUCUGCUGGAGGAGGCAUUGUUCUACGGAAUUCGAACCAUGGAGCCGUACCGGAUUUUCUUCCCCGGAAGCCAUCCCGUCAGAGGGGUGCAGGUAAUGAAGGUGGGCAAACUGCAGUUGCACCAAGGCAUGUUCCCUCAGGCGAUGAAGAAUCUCAGACUGGCUUUUGAUAUUAUGAGAGUGACACACGGCAGAGAGCACAGCCUGAUUGAAGAUUUGAUUCUCCUUUUAGAAGAAUGUGACGCCAGCAUAAGAGCAUCCUAAGGGGUCAAAUCGAGGGAAGGAUGUCUUCUACCCUUAUCGAAUGCCUUAUAGAGGUCUCACGCCUAUACUGCUGUGUGAGCCUCCCUACUGGGGAUGCUACUCUGUGUUUAUGUAGAUAAAACAAAGGCAGACAUACAGUGCGCAAACCACAAGGAUCAUUAGUGGUAGAGAAGCACAAUUAUAAUAAAUAUAAACAAUUUGGUUGAAAAUGCCGUCUGGUAAUCACUUGCUUCCUCAUUGGUGACUUUAAUGUUUAAGAUCUCAACAUUAAUGAAAGAAAGCUCUAUUAAAAUCUUGGUAGAAUAAGUUGUAACUUUCUCCUUAAAUAUCUGUGGGGAUAAUUGGAUUAAAAAUCAGUGUUUUCACAAACAAAAUCUUAAGGUCUAUUUUGUUAAGCAAGUGGAGUUUCAGAUGUUUUCUUUACUAUUUGUCAUAAAUGAUAUAUAUAUCCCUUACUUAUUCCCAAUACAUCUCUAAUACAAAGUUGUGUCCUGAAUCCUAGAAGUCAUUUUAGGUGUUAGUAGAAAAUCAUAGGAAGUCAUAAUAGAAGAGAAAAAAAUGUUUUUUCAAAUGUUUCGUGGUUCUUUGUGUAACUCUCUUCUGUGCAUUGUGUUCCACUUUGUACAUGUCAUGCUUUUUCUUUUCUUGGAGUUUUUUUUCCUAGAAUUCCCUACAUCUGAUUGUGGGAUAUGCAUACCCCAAAGCUCCUUUAUCUUGCAUCCCAGCUCAAAACAAUCUUGUUUUCAUCUCUUCUUCCUCUCUACCUGCUUUUCCACCUUUCUGCAUGAUCCAUAUUCAAAGAAGAAAAUAAUGAGUUCUCUUAUGGCUUUGCGACCAAGUAAGCAGUUUAGUCCCUCCUGCAUAGAUGGGCUCGGGCAGUAGUGACAGCCCUUGGGUUCUAAGGGAGGCUCCAUCCCCUACCUUACUUUCCAAGCAAGGAAGGGAGAUACAUACUGGGGCUGGUGUCCUGUUUCCUGGUCCCCAGGAUCUGCUCUGUCCUCCCAGCGGGAGCAGCAAGUCCUCCAGCCACGUGGCCAUGCUGGGCUCAGGCAGCAUCAGAGUGACACGUGGACACCUGAUCAAAAUGGAAGGAACCAGCCUCACUUGGCAGCAGAGAAAGCUGAUCACCAGAAGCUGGAGUCUACUUGCCGAACACUGGGCGGGCAAUCACCUUGGUCAUGGAGGUUGUGCACAGUAUCUGGCAUGCUGGUCAGCUCCUAACGCUUUCUAUCAGCCAGCUCCUGCUGGACCCACAGUCAAGUAUUCAGCAUAUUUCCAGAACAUACAGUAUCUCUAAUAAGCACAAUUGUACAACAAAGGAGGUAUUUUGAAGCACAUUUUAUAACUAAGCACACUGAGGCCCACAGUCAAUGUUCUGGAAUCCCUCCUGAAUGACCUUGAGAAAGUGGCUUAAUCUCAGUCUUUAGGAACGACCAGAGCUGCCCAAUACCACAAAUACAUAUUGAAUGGUUACUGUGAUUUUAGAAAAAAGCAGCACAGAGACUGAAUAAGUUAUUCCCCUUGUCUUCAAAAUGCACAGGGUCUCGUAUAGCAUUUGUAUUAGUUAGCUUUUACUGUAUAACUGUAUCAAAACUUAAUGGCUCUAAAUAACACUUGUUCAUGAUUCUGAACAUCAGCAGUGGGCCUGGGCAGUUCCGGUUUGGCCCGGGCUUGGCUGAUCUAGCACUGUCUGCAGUUGCCAGUGGGUCAGCAGGGGGACAUGAAGGUAACAGGGUCACACAGCUCAUUGGGUUGGCCUGGCCUCACCCAUGUGGCAGAGGGUUCCAGGAAGAGUCAGUGGGCAGACUUCAGUGUGCAAGCAUGUCCCAGGUCGGCUUGCAUUGCAUCUGCCAAUAUUCCAUGGGCCAAAGUCAAUCACAAGGCCAGCCCAGAAUCAAGGGUGGGUAAAGCCUCUGGCAGUUAUCCUAUUGCAAGGAUGUGGGAUUGUGAAGAGGAAGAUGUUAUGACCAUCAAGGCAAUCCACAUAGCAGUGCUGUGUUGGUGUUCUGGAACAUUCAGUGAAUCUAAUGAAAUUCAUAGACCUUCUUUCUAGAAAACCAUCUCCAUCUGACCAAUUUGUUUUUAGGAUCAGGGACUCUUGAACUCCCUGUGGUCCAUCAGUGGAUUCCUGGAGGCCUUUAUCUAACGAGAAAUAGACUUGCUACCUUUCAAAAUCACUUAUGGGAAUUACAUUGGCUCGUCAUUUUAAAUUCAUUACGGAAAGAAAAAAAGCCAUAACAGAAGGCGCUGGUAGUAACUCACAGGCCAAAUGAGCAGGGUUCACCGACAGAACCCUGUGUUUGCCAAUUUUCUGAGUGAAAUUUACAGUCAGCAAUGAUCCUGGAUAAAGAGAUUUGCCCUUAUGUCUCCUAGAGAAAGCGUGACAAGCUUUUAAAUCCCUCUCCACUCACUUUCCGGUGUCUGAGAGAAAGGUCCUUAAGAGGUAGGGGCUCUGCUUGCAUCAACUUCUAAUAGAAGGCAAACAUUUAAGCUGUGGUCAACAUUUACCCAGUAUCUUCACAGCAAAAUAAUUUUGGAGAAGGGGGACGUGGAUGGAGAGCACAGUGUAAAACCUGUGUCACCAGUGACUGAUGAUUUACUCCUGCACCAGCCUUCACGACUGUGAUUUCAUUAAUCCAUAGUCAUCGUAGCGGCAGGCUUUUUUCACAUCAGUAACUUGACGCCAUUAGUUGUUCCUCUGGGAUGAGAGCACAUUUAAACUGAAAAUGAAUACAGUGGGCAUAAUUUAUAGCCAUGCCAUAUGAAUGCCAAGAGUGCAAGGAGGAAGGCUGCCUGGAAAGCUGCCUCCCUCUGGGAGCACCAAGCAGGCCUCCUCCAGCCAGCACUAGGCAGCAGAGGGUGCCCAGUGCGUCACGAGGCCAGACAGCCACAAACCACAGAGGUCCUUCUGUCAAGCUUCACUGCAGGAAUGAAAGAGAAAGGCAAAGGGGAGAAAGCCCUCCCCUGAGUUAGGUCUUGAGAAUUCUCUUCUAGCCCAAUCAGGAAAUGAUGCUGCACUCAGAGGAACCCACUGGGAUUCCACAGGAAGAAGAUUCUGGGCAUUACUUUUGGAGAUUAUAAAAUCCUAUGACAAGGAAUCAUCAGCAGAAGCCUCAGGAAGACAUUGGAGCCCUCCUUUUACCUAAGGUCUGUAAGAGAUCAGGCUGAGAAGGGUCAGCACCCCCACCCCACCCCCAGAGAGGGACAUUCCCUUAAACUUUUCAAGGCUUGGAAGCAUCAAAAUGCUAUGAUCUCACAGUCAAUGUAGUCAAAACCAAUUCAGAACAUCAAAGACCAGUUCCCUGCCUCAUAUACUGCGCUCCACACUACCAUCAUCUUUCCAGCUCUCAGCACAGAAACUGAGUCACCAACUCUCUCCUCCAACAAAGGAAUAAGUUCUGUCCAUUCGUCAUCCAAAGAGCUUUUUGCCAUUUGGGGCAUUUUUAUUCCUUACUGUCCCCAGGCUCUUUGCAGGUCCCGGCAACUCAUUCCUCAGCCCCGGCCAAGACCUCCUUACCAGUCUCACCCAUCACCCCUCCGUUCUCUUCCUCCAUCCAGAGCUGCCAGAGUCACCUCCCUAAAAUACCUGCUUCCUUGUCUCAUAACCCCUCUGCUCCAAAGCUUACAGUGGCUCCCCACUGCCACUAGACUCAAAGUCCAGUCUUCAGACUGGCAUCCAUGGUCCCAAACAGCUGAAUCUUAGACUUCCUGUUCCCCAUGUGCACUGCCACUCUAGCUGGGUCAGUACCUGCCCGCCCCCCCCCACAAUCCUCCCCAUUCCCUGAAUCACGCCCUCUUCUUUGUCACUUUCUUGUUUGUUCAUACUGACUAAAAAAUCCCUUCUCCAUCUGUCUAAACCUGAGCAGUUCUCAAAAACCUAGCCUGAACCUCCUUCCUCCUGUACCUUUCCUUCUUUUUAAAUGAAAUAUGGUCUGGCCUGUAACUGUUCUGUAACCCCUCUCAUCUGCAAUUAUCCUAUGCAGUGUUCAAGUCCUAUCAGCUUUGGCUCUUGGGAUUUCUUCAGGUUGAAUGUCCUAUGUGUUCCUAUCACUUUGGAAACACCUUUUACUCAGAGGUACAACAGGAUGUUUCAGACUCACUUUAUACUUUCCCAUUCAGACUUGGAACUAGCUGUUCUUUAAGGAGCCUUGGUCUUGUUUAAAUUUUUAAAUUUUUUUCUACAGUUAUAUGUCCUUAGGCAAAAAAAUGUAUUGUCACAACACUGUGUUUAAAAGUUUACUUAUUCUUUUCAGUGUGGUUAUAGAAUCCAUUUGAUAUCCACUUAGAUUUUUUCUAUUCAACUGUAAGGUUUUCCCCAUUACUGCUUUAUAUUGGUAUAUAAAAAUCAAUAUAAAUGCAUAAUAUAAGCAUAUAUUUUGCUGUUACAAAUAAUGCCAUAAUGAAUAACCUUGUGCAUAUGGUUUUUUUGUAUUGCUGGAGAUGUGUCUUUAGGAUAAUUUCCCAGAAGUGAAAUUACUGAGUCAAGGGUAAAUGCAUAUGUAAUUUUUUUAGGUAAUGUCAAAUUUACCUUGAGAGGGGUUAUAUAACAAUGCCUGCUUCCACCUCAGUCUUGCCAACAUAAUGAGUUUUUCGGCUUUUCAAUUUUUUGCUAGGCUGAUGGCUAUAUUAGUAUAUUUUUCAUUUUCUUUUGGUGGAGUUUGAUGUCUUCAAAUAUUUAAAAGCUUUUUGUCUAAUUUUUUGUGAACUAUAUUUACAUGUCUUUUGUCAUUUUUCUUUUAGAUUUUUUGGGCCUUUUUUCCUUUAUCUUUAGUUGUGUCUAUAUUAGGAGGAUU